UUUCGAUAUGGUUUCCAAUGUCUUCAACAACUGAUGGAGUCAUCAUUAGAAGACCAACGAUGAGCGAAGUAAGUACCAUCUGAUACGCUAUUCAUUCUGCACCCUUUAAUCAAGCGGCAAAUUGCCAUAUAACGUCACAGAAUGGGCAAAAACGUGCUUUUCAAGGCCAAUGAGUUGUAUAUUUAUGUGAUUUGAUCAGUCCAUUUUAAAAACACCCAAAGUCCGGCUGUGUAUAAUGGUGUACAACACGCGCCUGUUCGUAUUAGUAGUCGCGAUCGUGUCGUGUCAUGCCGGAUUAACGGAUUAUCUGUUCCCAAAUUUAUCCGGUACAGUGCGAGGAUUCACAGAUGUUCUCGCAAACCAACCAGUAGUUCAAUUCGCAACCAGGACUUCGACGAAUGUAAUCAGUCUUAUUGUGGGAGGACUGACUGGUGGACCGCUUUCCACGGGGAGAUCUCUCAACUCUAAUGGCCUCCUGCCUACUCUGUUUGGCGAUAGAAAUGUUGUAGAUUCCUCAGAUAGAAUACGAGCUGAAUAUGACGCUGGAGCGCUCAACGAAGACACGCGGUUGGACUGCCCGAGUCUCAUUAAUAAGUACGGAUACAUGGUGGAGAGGCAUACGGCUGUCACGGAAGACGGAUAUGUCCUAACAUUGUUCCGUAUCCCUGGGAAUGGGUCUGUUGUCUUCCUGAUGCACGGUUUGUUGGGCAGCGCUGAUGAUUACGUCAUAGCUGGACCGAAGAGUGGAUUGGCCUACCAUUUAGCGCGAGAAGGCUAUGACGUAUGGUUUGGAAACGCCCGAGGCAAUAAGUAUUCUCGACGCCAUAGUAAAAUCCAGUCAUCGAAUCCCAAUUUCUGGGAUUUUUCGUGGCACGAAAUUGGUGUCUAUGAUCUGCCUGCGAUGAUCGACUACGUAUUGCAAGCGACAGGGCAGGAUUCAGUCAAAUAUAUCGGGCAUUCGCAGGGCACGACCAGUUUCUUCGUUAUGGCAUCAGAGAGACCAGAUUAUAAUAGAAAGAUUGCUCUGAUGGUGGCUUUAUCUCCCGUGGCGUUCAUGUCGCACGUAAAGUCUCCUGUAGUGCGGCUGCUCUCGCCGACAAACGGCCUCCUACAUGGUCUCGCCAAUCUGAUCGGUCUCCACGAGUUUCUUCCGGACAACGUGCUGAUACGCGGCUUGAAACAGUUGAUGUGCGGUAUCGGGCCCACUUCGGAGAUCCUCUGCAGCAACCUGUUGUUCCUUGUGGCCGGCGCUGGAUACGAACAGCUCAAUGUUACUAAUUUGCCAGUGAUAUACUCUCAUUUUCCAUCGGGGGCAUCCAGCAAGCAGUUCGUUCACUACGCCCAAAGUUAUGUGUCAGGCGAGUUUAGACGAUAUGAUCAUGGUGCAUCAGAAAAUUUGCGGAGAUACGGUACGGCGAAACCGCCUGAUUAUCCAUUGAGAGACAUAAGUUGUCCUGUGUCAUUGGUGUAUAGUGAUGAAGAUUGGUUGUCCCAUCCCAUUGACGUUGACAGACUCUAUAAUGAGCUGGGGAACGUCAUAGAUAUUUAUAAUGUGCCCUUCCAUCCCUUCAAUCACCUCGAUUUUAUAUUGGCCAAAGAUUUCAACACUCUUAUUUAUGAAAGGUUAAGAAAACUUUUGACUUAUUUUUAAUUAUAAUUAAAUACAAUUAACAGACGCCACUGUCGCAAACGUACCUGCCUGCAUUUUGUUAAAAAAAUAUCAAAACUUGUUUAUUUCAAAUAAAGUUAUUUUAGUUAUGUUUUUAUUUUUUAAGCAUUUAACUACUAGAUGUUAAAAUCUAAAGAAAAGUUACUAGAAAAAAAUCUAAGCGGAUCAGGCAGCAGACGGGACUCGAACCGCGCUGCCUUGCAGCCUAAUUCUAGAGAAAAUUCGACGCGGCGCGGAUAGCGAAGGGUGCGGGUUCGAGUCCCGUCGGCUGCCUGGUCCGCGUGGAUGUUUUUCUAGUAAACUUUUCUUUAGAUUUAAAUUUAUUUAAUUUGGUCAAAACAGCGAGUUUUCUAUUUAUAAUAAACCUACCAAUAUUAAAACAAUUACAUAAUAAAAAAAUCUUUACU